AACUUCAUGUUUUCCAAUAUUUUUCUCACGGCGGCGCAGUCAGAUUAGUUUAGUACAAAACAAAUUGCAAGUCUGUUCGGUUGGAUAUGUAGUGAGUGAUGACAAAAUGUUGGUGACACUUGAUCUGCGUAUCGGUAUAUUUGCCGUGAUAUAUUUAUUUACUUGUGCGGUGUGCAUACAAUAUGGAAGCCCUGGGAACACUUUAUACGUGGCAGAAGAGUCUCAGAGGGGCUUGGGUAAAACUUUUGUGAUAAACAGAGCUGAAGAGGAGGGUUCUAGUCUAGAAAGGAAAAAACGAGAUGCGUCCGAGUCAACGCCUCCCGCAUUUCAAAAGAACAUAACUACAUGGACUACUCAUCUAAAUGACAGCCAUCAGCAGCUCAUGGUGCAUUGGGUGGGCGAGGGCUCCAAUGUCAUCAUCUGCCUGGCUCGGGACUCCAGCCCCAAGAGUAAGGGGGUGUUCUCACCCUCUGCCUUGUUCAUCUCAUAUGACUACGGGAAGAACUUUACAAAUAAAACGGAUAUGUUUAAACUGGAUGAUACACCAAACGGUGGAUAUGCGCAGUUGGAUAAGUUCUUCAAUCAUCCAAAGUACCCAGAAUUCUGUGUAUUUGUGGACUCCACCAACAAGAAGUUGUUCUACACGAAUGACAAUGGGCAAAAAAUUUACCGCUCGGAUCUGGAGUUCCAUCCGAGCGAGUUGGCCUUUGAUGAGGAGUUCCCCAACAUAUAUGUGAUCUUGGAUAAAGUGGAUUCUAACAGACAUUUAUAUCUAACCAUGGACGGUGGUAAAUCCUUCAAGAAGAUCCAGAGUUACGUAAAAACGUUCAUCUGGUCCUCCGGGCCGGGUAUUCAGAAGACAUUCUACGUUGAGCGUUGGAAGCCGAAUGGUACCAGCACGGUGCUAAGUGCUAAUGACCCUACGGACUUUGAACACGCCACCACGGUCUUCCAGGAUGCUAAGGACUUUCAGAUCAAAGGCGACUUCAUGUUUGCUACGAAGCUCAGUAAAGAGCGCAACACACUAGACCUCUACAUCUCUCACAUGAAAGGUCCAUUCUACAAAGCCGAAUUCGAAACCGAACUCGACAUGAAGAAAUUCCACAUCGCCGACGUGACCGACAAACGUAUAUUCGUCUCUGUCAUGCACACGGAGAUUCUAGCGGAUCUGUACGUGUCUGAGAUCAGCAAUAAUUUCACUCGGUACAACUUUAUGCUGAGUUUGGAACAGAUCCUGUGCUAUUUCCCUGAUGGGAACUGGAAGGAUACUUGGCUAGAGGACAUGACCGAAGACCCAUUCACGGACCUCUACCGCGUCGAGGGUCUUAAAGGCAUCUACAUAGCGUCCCGGGUCGACUCCAAAGCGCAGGUGUCCCACGUAGGCCCUGAGCACCUUAUAUCGCUCAUAACCUUCGACCACGGCGUUACUUGGUCGCCGGUCAACCCGCCUACUGAGGACGAGAACGGCAAGCCGCUCAACUGUCACAUCGAGAAUUCGUGCAGCCUCCACUUAUGCCAGAAAUUCAGUCAACUGUACCCGGUGACGAGCCCUCCAAGGAACGUACGCAACAGCCUAAGAUCUGCAAGUAUCAUGAGUUCAAAAUCAGCGCCAGGGAUCAUCAUGGCCACCGGUGUGAUGGGGAAGUCCCUCAAGGGUAUCCCCGGCGUCUACCUCAGUCGCGACGCUGGCCUAACUUGGAAGAGAAUACUUAAGGACUACUACUUCUUCAACUAUGGCGACCACGGGGGCGUUUUAGUCGCUGUUAAAUACUUCAAACUGCGCGGGGAAACGAAUAAAAUUCUAUAUUCGACGAAUGAGGGAAUCGAGUGGAAUUCUUAUCAGUUCAACGCAGACGACCUCCGCAUAUACGGGCUCAUGACCGAACCCGGAGAAAAUACAACUACCUUCACGAUGUUCGGCUCAGCCAAUGAGCAACAUCAGUGGAUUAUCAUUACCAUAGAUUUGCAAAACGCCUUCGCCAAAAACUGUACCCCGGACGACUACAAAUUCUGGUCACCCUCGCCCCCUAACUCCUCAGUAUCCUGCGUAUUAGGAACUAGAGACACCUUCCAAAGAAGACUAGCACACACAAAUUGCUACAACGGCAUUAAUUACGAUAGACCCGUUAAAAAAGAACUAUGCGAAUGCAGCAGACGAGACUUCGAAUGUGAUGUCGGUUUCCAGUUAAGUAAUAACGCUUGCGUUCGCAAUAAAUCAGCCAAAAACGACCCCUACGCUACCCCGUACCCGUGCCGACCUGGCACCCUUUACCAAAGAACUAAAGGAUACAGAAAAAUCGAUGGUGAUGUUUGUAAAUCAUCAACUUACAUACCUUAUGCGCCUGACAUGGUCCCUUGCCCGUUAGACGAACCCACAGAGUUUAUUCUAGUUGCUUUAAGAGAUAAGAUCGCACGGAUAGAUUUAUCCGACAAUUCUACGAUAUUCCCAGUCAAAGGACAGAGCAAUAUAGUCGCUAUAGAGUUUGACUUGAAAAACAACUGUAUUUACUGGGCUGACAUUGAAACUGAUAAAAUUAAUCGGCAAUGCUUUAACAACGGUACAGUACAAGAAAUCAUUGUUGAUACGGACUUAGCGAGCAUCGAAGGAAUGGCUUUAGAUUGGAUUUCGAACGUGUUAUUCUUCGUCGAUGGAAUGCGUAAGAAAAUCGAAGCCGUCAGAACUGACUUAACUAUCGCAGGCAGAAUGAGGGUUACUAUCCUGGAUAAUAAGGCCUUAUCCAAGCCUAGAGGUAUCGCUGUUCAUCCUAAAGCGGGCUACCUAUUCUGGACUGAUUGGGAUAGAAGCAAUCCCACCGUAUCCAGGUCUAACCUUGAUGGUAAAAACGUUAAGAAACUAUUCGGAAAACCGAUAGUCCAAUGGCCGAAUGGAAUAACAAUAGAUCAGAUGGCCGAGAGAAUAUACUGGGUAGACGCUAUGGAAGACUACAUAGCCAGCGCAGAUUUGGACGGCAGAUAUUUCAAGCGCAUUCUUUGGAGAGACGAGAAAGUAUCUCAUCCGUUUGCUGUGGCUGUAUUAAAAGGGAAGAUGUAUUGGGACGAUUGGAAAGCGAAGUCCAUAUUCAUUGCCGACAAGGAUUCCGGGGAUAACGUUAUAACGAUCAACAAUUCUUUCUCUGGUUUGAUGGAUUUAAAAGUGUUUGCGCAUUUCGUUCAGCAUGGUAGCAACGCGUGCUCUUACAAGAAUACUAGUUGUGAUACUAUGUGCCUGGGCGGGCCGGGGAAAGGGUUUAGUUGCCUGUGUCCGAACGGGUUUACUAUGACAAAUGGGAAGUGUAUGUGCUCUAACGGGUUGGAGCCAUCCGGUAAUAUGACUUGUAAGAAGAAGGAGGGUGCUUCUUGUGAUGCUGACCAAUUCACCUGUGCAAACGGCAUGUGCAUCACAGCAUCAUGGCAAUGCAACGGCAACAACGACUGCGGGGAUUUGUCCGACGAGAUAGGGUGUCCCCUCUGCGCCGCGCCCAUGUUGUCCUGCGAUGACGCGUCGCGUUGUUACCUGCCGCAGUGGAAAUGUGACGGCGAAGCGGACUGUCCCGACUUUAGCGAUGAAAAGAACUGCACGAGACCGAACUGCACCGAUAGUCAGUUCCAAUGCGCCACGGGUAUGUGCAUCUACAAGAAGUGGGUGUGCGACGGAGACAACGAUUGUCACGACGGUUCGGACGAACGCAACUGUAAUUCGACAUCAAAACGGCCCACCAUAAGCACUUGCAACGAAAACGGUUUCCCCUGCAGCAAAGACGCUAAUCCCAUAUGCAUUCCCAACUCGUGGGUGUGCGACGGAGAGAGAGACUGCCCCAGCGGCGAGGAUGAAAAGGACGACAAAUGCCGAAACUCGACAUGUGCGCCGUCUAUGUUUAGAUGUCCGAGCGGGAAGUGCAUAUUUAAGUCUUGGGUAUGCGACGGUGAGAACGAUUGUUCCGACACAGAGUCAUCCGACGAACAAAACUGCACAUAUCCAGGCACCAGUGGACACUCCAAACUGAUCCCUCGACCGCCUGAGAAGGCAGACUUCCCGUCAAACGGGACCUGCUUGGACUGGAUGUUUAAAUGCGAGAAUAACAACUGUCUGCCUUACUGGUGGCGUUGUGACGGUAUCAACGACUGCGGAGACAACUCCGAUGAGUUAGGCUGUGGUUCCUUAAUUAUCGACGCGAGCACGCCAGCGCCUGAGCCCGAAUUUAAGGACAAGAAGUGUUCCAAGACUCAGUUCACUUGUUCGACUGGCAUAUGCAUCCCCCUAUCCUGGGUGUGCGACACUGCCGAAGACUGCCCGAACGGCGAGGACGAGCGCAACUGCCAGCGGCGCGGGCCCGGCGCGCGGCGCCGAUGCGGCCCCGACGAGACGCCCUGCGACGACAACCGCGGCUGCGUGCGCUCCGACCGCAUCUGCGACCGCCGGCAGGACUGCGCCGACGGCAGCGACGAGGUGCACUGCGAGGUGUGUACCCACGGCCGGCCAGACAUCACAAAAUGCCCCCAGGGCUACACGCUUUGCGGCGACGGCAUGCUCUGCAUAUCGGAGGUGUCGCUGUGCAACGGUCACCAGGACUGCUAUGAUGGUAGCGAUGAAAGCAACUGCACCAGCGAAGCUGCUGGGCAUGGUAUCCAGAUCCUUGGAAUCGGCGUGGACCAGACAUCCAUAAACGCCACCAGCUUCCUCAUAUCGUUCUGGAUGUCGCAGCAGAAGAUGUUCAUCUACAGCUUCCUCCCAUCCAUAGCUAAGGUGUCGGACGGCGUGUGGACCAACAUGACGUGGAUACACGACAGCACGUUCAGAUUUACCGGGUUGGAGCCUUACACGGCAUACAACGUGACCUUCUACAUCCGGGACACCAGAACGAAUAAAACUUAUCCGUCUUUGAAGUUUGCGAAUACUUCUACUAGCGAAGGACAACCCUCACCACCCUUAAAAGUGAGCGUAGCUCAGCUGACCGGCAGUCGCAUACUGGUCGAGUGGGACCCACCGGCCUCACCCAAAGGAGAGAUCCAGUACUACACGGUGUCCUAUAGCCCACCCGUGCCUCCCAUGGACAAGAAGACCAAGGGAGAUGACACGAACAUAACCAUUAACGGUUACUUCAGACCGAACAUGAACUAUUCCUUCUGGAUAACAGCCACUAACGGCGCAUACACCUCCGAUCCUUCCCCCGUAAUGACGAUCACCUUCGAUGACGUGGGAGAUGUUGACGAUCUCAAUCACAUCGGCGUCACACGCAUUAAUGAAAGCACAGCCCUAUUGACGUGGGAUAAAAUUAAAGGCAUUGAGGGCUUUAAACUGAUUGUGAGACCGCCCGCACCUAGCUACGUGCCUUGGGAGCCUAUUACUACCAACGCGACCAAUAUUACUUUAACAAACCUCCCAACCGGCGUCCACAUCGACGUUGACAUAAUGGCGUACAAAGGCACCAUCGCCGGCCACCCGCUCACCAUCUUCCUCAAACCUGAAGGCACAAUCGAUGACGUCAUCAACAGUACCGCCUACCUUAUCAAGGAGAAACGAACUUCGGUUAAGUUGGAGUGGUCGCCCCCGACUAGCGACAGAUAUAAGGGGAAGGAGUUGGAAUACGCGGUGUAUUACAAUGAUGUGAUGCAUACUAGGAUUCCAGGGAAGGAGACUAAGAUUACGACCAAGCAGACGAGCAUGCAGAUCGACGACCUGCACGCGUGCGAGAGCUACAUAUUCGCCGUCACGCUCGCCAACGGACCCAUCGCCAAGAUACACGAGAUCAUGACCCGUGAGAAUGCCAAGGCCCCUAUAAAGAAUCUUCACGUCGUAUUCAACGCCAACAAGACUAAGAUGGAAAUCUUAUGGAACGCAAACUGUGACGUCAUACACGAGGCAGUGGCCUACAGGCUGGACAUAACGGAGCUGACGCGCAACAAAGUUAGCCGCUACGAGUUGAAGCCGAGCACGAAAGUAUCGCUGUCUCACUCCAUCGAGAACGUGGCGAUUGGCGGCCGCUAUAACAUCUGCAUAUCUGCCAAUGUGCCAUCAGCGGCCGUGACGUGUAAACACGUCGUCGGGCAGCAGCUGUCGACGCCGUCCGCCGUCGUGGCGUGGCUCGCGCCCAACGGACACCUCAUGGUCAACUGGGAGAACCGCCGCCAGGACGUCGACCACAAUUACAACUACGAAAUCAUAGUCUCCGAGACCGAAAUCCCUGAAGACCUGCUACACCCGACCGCCUCAAUGCGGACGGAGAUCGCCUCACACUCCCCUCGACUCAUCACCGUGCCGGUCGCGCGCGGCCCGCUGUACUGCGCGGUGCGAGUCGUGUCCGAAGACGGGUAUUACAGCGACAUCAGCGAAGUCCACACUCUUGAGAUGUUGGGUUCGGCGGAACCGGAGGUGGCAGCGACAUCGGCGCUGUGGUGGGGCGGCGGCGCGGCGCUGCUGGGCGCGGUGCUGCUCGGCGGCGCGCUGCUGCACGUGCUGCUGCGCAACCGCAGGCUGGCCAGGUCGCUGCUGCGGUUCAGCUACGACAGCAGGCGCGGGCAGGCUACCAUCGGCGACCACGACGAUGACGACGUGCCUCCGAUCCACGGCUUCUCAGACGACGAGCCGCUCGUGAUCGCGUAGUGAGGCCAUGUCAUUAGUCAAUAGCUGGGGACAUAACAAUGUUACAUGAACAAACAAAAUAAACUACCA